AUGCUUCUUGCCCAACUACUCGCAGUCCGCCGCUCGCAAUCCUAUCACCCGCUGCCGCCGUCAUCACGGCCUACGAGCCACCUUCAGCACCACAUUAACAAGUCUUCUUCUUCCUCCUCUUCUCGCGCCAUCGCCGCCCGCUCUUCCGCCAACAUUCCGCCACGGCCACUGCUCCCUCCCAGCACCAACGCCCUCCACCAGACCGCAUUUCCCCACCUCACGAGCCAUCACAACGCCCACACGCAAGCACCCGACAUGACCGCAUCCGCCGCCGCCGCCACCACCCGUGACGAAGAAGACGACGCUACGACAGGAAGCCGGCCGCGCGCCUCACUCUCGCCGCGAGCAGCGACGGACCGUCGCUCUCCUUCCGGCUCGCCCGUUGUUGCCAGGACGUUGCGAACGCCGAGUCCCGUCCCUUUUCCUCCUCUCUAUCCUCCUCCCUCACCUUCAGACAGACAGGGUGGCCGCCACGCGUUGGAUUUCUGGGAAGGGUGGCAGCGGGGAGCAGACGGAGAUGUCGACAGCGGCGACGGCGACGAUGACGAAUGCAACCGCAAGCCAUCAUCAGGUCAGACGCGGAGGAGACCGAAGACGAGGGGGGCAACGGGGCGGAGAGUGCGGUAUUCUGAGCGGGGUAGUCCGACGCUGGCGAUCGAGGCUGAUGGGGAUGAGGAGGGAUCCUGUUUGAUUGGAGCGAGAGAAGGGGCGGCGGUUUAUGGGGAGGUACGGCGAGGAAGGGUGGGGGAGAGGGAUGGGUUGCGGUGGGCGGUGGGGCGGCGUCUGGAGUGGGAGGGCGUCAGUACAGGAGUUGAUGGGGAGAUGGAGGUGGAUGGUGGGUUUGACGGGGGCUCUGGGGAGUUUGAGAGGAGGACGCUGGAAACGCAGCGAGAGUGGGAGAGGAGAAGGACGGAGAAGGUGUCGAUGGGGUAUCGGUGGGAGGAAUGGGAUAAGACACAGGUGCAGAAGAGGGCUGAGUCAUACUGGAUCGCCAAUGAUCCUGCUGGUGUCAGUUGGACAAAUGAAGAGACAAGUCGGCAAGAUUGGCAGCCUGGCGAUAACGAGCUGUCUUUGGAGCAAGGGAGGCCAUUUGAAAGCGACGGAGACGAAUGGGAGGUCAAGAAAAAGGGAAACGAAGAUGGACAAACUGUUGUCAGACGUGCUGUCGAUUCAGCCUCACCGGCCUCACCUAUCACAGGGAAAGCAAGGGUCAUCAGUGAGAAUUGGGAAAGUUAUUCAAGGACACCUUCGGAGGAAGUGAAACCACAGGACCAUACACCUGGUCCAGGCAGCAGAGCGUCUUCUAGCCCCGACGAAUCAAGUAGCUCCGAGGCAGAGAACGACGGGACAAUUCCCCAGGCAGCAAUGAUCUUGGCACAAACUCAUUCCAGGAUCAAUCGUUUCACCAGGCCAAGACGCUUGACAGGUGAUCCCACGCCGAACCGACUCGCGGCGGAGAAAGGAUCCAACAAGCACUUCCGGAAGAUAAACGACGACGUCGGGUCUCCAACGAUCCAGACUCUUAGGGAAGGGGUGCUUCCACUUUCUGAUGGCUUCCAAAUCAAUAUUCGCAGCGAGCAAGAAUCGGAUCCAUUCAUGGAGCCGUUACAACACGAGUCCAAAGACUCAAUGGACGAGCUUGAUGGCUACCUGGCUCGAAUUGUGGGUCUCUAUGCCAAUGGAGACGAGCGCAGCAGGCGGCUAUUGCUGCAGAGCUUGCAGUCAGCCAUCGCUGCGCAGGAAGCGCUUGGAUCAUGUACGACCAUGGCUGAAUCUGGAGAUUGA